AUGUAUGACACUGAAGUUGCAUCAUAAAACCAUCAUUUCUCAUCUGAAAGACCAAAACACCUCCUCCCUCCGCUUUCACUGUUCGUUGUCAUGUCGUCCGGAGAAGGUACUUCGCACAACCGCACAUCCCUCGACAAGAGACCGAUCGAAACGUGCCAUAAAGAUUAUCAGCGUUCGGUAUAUCAGCGUUCGGUAUAUCAUUCAAAUGAAUCAGUUGGUAAGAAGUAAACGGUAUGAUGAUGAUCAGUUUGAGCAAGUGGAAGCCAUCUGCGACGUUCUCAUCGCCGCAGAGAACCGGCUUCCAAACGGGUUAAAGGAUUAUUACGGCAUGAUUAGGGCGAACCGAUUCGGACCGGUUUUAUUGGAGGACUUCGAGAAAUUGAUGAAGCUUCUUGAUAAGACGCAUAACCAUUUCCCAUUUAGCCAAGAAGCUGCUGAUAAAGCCUCGCUAGCUUGGUCUUUGCUGUCUAAGCCACCCAUCAAGGCCCAUUACGAUCUCGCUAUCUUCGCAUUUUGCGGAGAGUGUAGCAAAGGAAAACGAAAGAUGGGUUUUCAUGAAUCCUUUAUCCCCAAGAAACAAAUUGAGGUGGUGGUUAUUUCUGAUGACGAUGACGACGACUACGACGAUCGAGUACGGCCAUAAGAUUAUUUCAAUGGCUCGAACUGCGAGACUAUGCGUAGUUAAUGGAAAGAGAGUGAAAAGGAUACCAUUGAAGAAGAAGAAAACUUAAGGACAACGUUUAAGUCCUGUCCAGCCUUAAUCCUAAAUUUUCUUUUCAAUAAAUAAACUCUUGAGGUUGUAAUUUCACUUUUCUUGAUAUCGUUUGUUUUAGUUUUCAGAUUUUCAUGUCUGAAAAUCUAAAUCAUUAUUAUUGUUAUGAUUAUAAUCUCAUCUUGGUUUAUUAGUUAUGACAAUAUAUUCUCGUGCUUAUAUCUCAUUAAUCACCCAUUUAUUAUUACGUACCUUUUGGAAUCUUCUACAUAUCUUUCUUCUUAUUACAAUGUUUUUUUGUCUUUAUAUAUAUAUAAGCACACAACAAAUUAACAUUCCCUCCAUUGGUCUGCUGUCUCCUUCUUUCUGUGUAGCCAUGGUUUCACUUCACCAUGUAAGUCUCUCUGUUACUUCUUUUCUCAUCAAUCAGAAUUCAUCUUCUCUGUUUUCUUCCUCCUCUGAAUCAAUCCUUUGUUUGUUUCCUGUGUUGUGUGUUAUGCAGUUAGAGCAAGGGAUGCGUCCGAUUUCACGAUGCUACAAUCCAACCGUGUAUUCGACAACAAUAGGAGGAAACUUCCUCGCAGGUGCAGCCACAAGCAGCAAGCUAUUCUCCAGAGGUUUCUCAGUCACAAAGCCAAAAUCGAAAAGCGAAUCUAAAGAAGUCGCUGCAAAGAAACAUAGUGACGCAGAGAGAAGGAGACGGCUUCGGAUUAAUUCCCAGUUUGCAACUCUCCGCACCAUUCUUCCAAACUUGGUCAAAGUAAGUAUAGCUCUGCAUUCAAUUACACAAAAGGCAUAUACAAUGUUUCGCCAGAGAAUUAACACUUUUUUUUAUUAUGUUAAUGAAAUUAAACAGCAGGAUAAAGCAUCUGUGCUUGGAGAGACUGUCAGGUACUUCAACGAAUUGAAAAAGAUGGUUCAGGACAUACCAACCACACCAUCUUUAGAAGACAGCAUGAGAUUGGGCCACUGUAAUAACAACAGAGACUUGGCAAGAGUUGUGUUCAGUUGUAGCGACAGAGAUGGGCUAAUGUCGGAGGUUGCAGAGUCGAUGAAAGCAGUGAAAGCAAAGGCCGUGAGAGCUGAGAUCAUGACAGUAGGUGGAAGAACCAAGUGUGCCUUGUUUGUUCAUGGUGUAAAUGGGAAUGAAGGAUUGGUCAAGCUCAAGAAAUCGUUGAAACCUGUAGUGAAUGGUAAAUCAUCAUCAGAGGCGAAAAACAACAACAUUGGAGGAUCGUUGUUGACUCAGCAGCAAUGAGUGUUUUG